GUUGAGAACAUUCUCCUACCUCCGUUCCCACGGAAGGGGAUGGAGGACUAACCUGGAUUCAGGAAGACCUAGAUUGAAGUCCUCCAUCUGACAUAGAAUCCUCCAUCUGACAUAGAAGCUCGGCAACCAUGGACUGUUUAGACUUUCAGGAGUAUUCUAGCCUCUGCUCUGUUGUAUCAUGGCUCGUGCUUUUGUGAUACCACCGUUAUUGAGAGGCUCUACUGGAAUAUUCUGCCUUCAGGCUGCAUUGUCACCACGGAUGUCCAAAGACUGGCGUCAUUUCACCAGGAGCUGCAUAAUGAAGUCCCAGAAGAAAACUGAUCAUUUGGAAAGGACAGCAAAAAUUUUUCGAGAGGAGCUUGUGUCUCCUGCUAAAGUGUGUGGGAUUAUCAGUGAGUCCAAAACUGUCCGAAGGCUCCGUUUGCUGGUUGCUAGUAAAGAAUUUGCUUUCAAAGCUGGCCAAUGGGUUGAUUUCUUUAUUCCCGGUGUUCCUACAGUCGGUGGAUUCUCGAUUUGUUCAAGCCCGAGACUGUUAGAAGAAGAAAGUGCUUUGGAAUUAGCAGUGAAAUAUACCAAUCAUCCUCCCUCUAUCUGGGUCCAUACCAAGUGCGAUCUUGAUUCUGAAGUGACCCUGAGAGUUGGCGGAGAGUUCUUCUUUGACCCUCAGCCUUCAGACGCCUCUGUGAACCUGGUGCUGAUAGCGGGAGGAGUGGGGAUCAACCCUCUUAAUUCCAUCUUGCUGCAUGUAGCAGAUCUCUACCGACGUCGGGAGAACAAAGGAAGUGGCUACGAGAUGGGAAGAGUGAGACUAUUCUACAGUGCCAGAAAUACCAACGAAUUAUUAUUUAAGAAGAGUAUUCUCGAUUUAACAAAUGCAUUUCCUGGGAAAAUCGUGUGUAGUUUCCAUGUUACACAACAGACUACAGAAAUCAGUAAAGAUCUGCAGCCCUAUGUCACUGAGGGAAGGAUUUCUGACAAGGACCUCGAGGAGCACAUCUCCAAGGACAACGUGUUUUUCAUUUGUGGUCCGCCACCGAUGAUAGAACACUUCUCUGGCCAUCUCGAAGCCUGCAUGAUCCCCAAAGAACACAUUCGCUUUGAGAAGUGGUGGUAGCAGCUGAGAUGAAGGAGAGGGACAGAUCUUAGCUCAGGACAGUGAUCAGGACUGGUUCUGUGCCACACAGCCGCUGGUGCCUCAGGGCUCUCCCUGGGGCUGUCCCAGCACUCUCCAGUGCAAUAACUUCUCCACAAAAGGGGAUGAAGAAGAGUGUGUAUAUGGUGAAAAACAUUUAGAAUAUAAAAUCUGAGCAAAGUAUCAGUGGUGAUAAUAUAUGGGUAACAGAUAUCUGAAUUUCUUAUAUUGAUAAUUUCUCAAUGAUCUUAUAAUGUACCCCACAAUGGGCCAUUAUUGAUUUUCUGCCUUUUUUUCCAGGAAGAGUGGGGAUGGCAAGAAUGAUUUAGAUUUACCCCUAAAUAUCUGAAACCCCUGGAUUUGUGUGUGAAAUAUUGACCAUGUAUAACUUAUAUUUUACAAAAAACUGUAUAAUGAUGUACUGUAAUAAACUUACAUUUUAA